GAACCCCACCCAGCUCCUUCCCUCUUCCCCACGCUUCCCUGCUCCCCUCCACCAACCCAACCGCGCGCUGCCCGGAGCCUUGAUGCGGCCUCUCCCCGCCGUUUGAUGGGCAACGCGUGCGGCGGCUCCCUCAGAUCCAAGUACCUGCAAAGCUUCAAGCACCCCGCCUCCAAGCGCCACACCGACCCGGACUACGACGCCCACGCCACCGCCACCGCCGCCGACUCCCCCAAAAAACCACCCUCCUCCACCCCCUCCACCGCCAAAACGGACCCCCACGCGCCGCCCGCCGCGGCCAUGAGGCGCGGCGCCGCGGGCGCGCCAGUGGACCUCGGCUCCGUCCUCGGCCACCCCACGCCCAACCUACGCGACCUCUACGCCCUCGGCCGGAAGCUCGGGCAGGGCCAGUUCGGCACGACCUACCUCUGCACGGACCUGGCCACGGGCGCCGACUACGCGUGCAAGUCCAUCUCCAAGCGCAAGCUCAUCACGCGCGAGGACAUCGACGACGUGCGGCGCGAGAUCCAGAUCAUGCACCACCUCUCGGGCCACCGCAACGUGGUCGCCAUCAAGGGCGCCUACGAGGACCCGCUCUACGUGCACAUCGUCAUGGAGCUCUGCGCGGGGGGCGAGCUCUUCGACCGCAUCAUCCAGCGCGGCCACUACAGCGAGCGCAAGGCCGCCGAGCUCACCCGCAUCAUCGUCGGGGUCGUCGAGGCAUGCCACUCGCUCGGGGUCAUGCACCGCGACCUCAAGCCCGAGAACUUCCUACUCGCGAACAAGGAUGAUGAUCUCUCGCUUAAGGCCAUCGAUUUCGGGCUCUCCGUCUUCUUCAAGCCUGGCCAAAUUUUCACCGAUGUUGUCGGAAGCCCAUACUAUGUUGCCCCAGAAGUGCUGUGCAAGAAAUAUGGACCAGAAGCUGAUGUUUGGACCGCUGGUGUAAUUCUCUACAUUCUACUGAGUGGUGUGCCCCCUUUUUGGGCAGAGACACAGCAAGGAAUAUUUGAUGCUGUAUUGAAAGGUGUCAUUGAUUUUGACUCUGAGCCCUGGCCUGUGAUUUCUGACAGCGCGAAAGAUCUGAUUACAAGAAUGCUCAAUCCUCGCCCUGCGGAACGCUUGUCAGCACAUGAAGUUCUAUGCCAUCCAUGGAUUCGUGAUCAUGGAGUUGCUCCUGACCGUCCUCUUGACACAGCUGUCCUGUCUCGCAUUAAGCAAUUCUCUGCAAUGAAUAAGCUGAAGAAGAUGGCCUUGCGGGUAAUAGCUGAGAGCCUGUCAGAGGAGGAAAUUGCAGGGUUGAAGGAAAUGUUCCAGACUAUGGACGCUGAUAACAGUGGUGCAAUUACGUAUGAUGAGCUCAAAGAAGGCUUGCGAAAAUACGGCUCCACACUGAAGGAUACCGAGAUACGUGAUCUUAUGGAAGCGGCGGAUGUGGACAACAGCGGAACGAUUGACUAUAUAGAGUUCAUUGCUGCAACAUUGCAUCUGAAUAAACUGGAGCGCGAGGAACAUCUAGUGGCAGCCUUUUCAUAUUUUGACAAAGAUGGAAGUGGCUACAUCACAGUGGAUGAACUGCAGCAAGCUUGCCUAGAGCAUAACAUGCCAGAUGCUUUUCUUGACGACGUCAUUAAAGAAGCCGACCAGGACAAUGAUGGCCGCAUAGACUAUGGAGAAUUUGUUGCCAUGAUGACCAAAGGCAAUAUGGGGGUGGGGCGAAGAACAAUGAGAAACAGCCUGAAUAUCAGCAUGAGGGACGCACCUGGUGCAAUCUAGACUUCCACGAUGUACAGCUUGUGGCUUUAGCUUCUUCCUGCCUUCCGGCUCUACGAAACCUUCCUGCAAUUUUUGAAUGUUGUCAGUGUCUGUGUGGAUGUGUGUUCCUGGGGAUUCUGAUUUAGCUCGUCAAUUGAUUGGAUGAAAUGCAUACUAAGCUGGGUUGAUAUGA